AUUAGGCGUGCCUUUGUUGCUCUUUGAUGACGUCAUCAUCUAGCGCCCAUUCAGCGGGACUGUCGCGGUAGUUCAAAUAGCUACAUAUGUGGCUUUACAAAACGAUCAACUUUUAUCCGAAAAGUCUGUAUCUGUAGGGAAUUGAAAUGAUUGAUAUGAUUGAGAAGGAGGACGCGGUCAUCAGCGAGGAGGAGGCGGCCCAAUACGACCGCCAGAUCCGGCUCUGGGGUCUGGAUGCACAGAAAAGGUUGCGCGGGUCUCGUGUCCUCCUUGUAGGCUUGGGUGGCCUUGGUGCCGAAGUAGCCAAAAAUCUUAUUCUGGCUGGAGUGAAAGCACUGACUUUGCUGGAUCAUGAACAGGUGUCAGAGGAGUCAUGCCGAGCUCAGUUUCUCGUUCCUGUGACAGCUCAGGGUCAGAAUCGUGCCCAGGCCUCCCUGGAGCGAGCACAGAACCUUAACCCUAUGGUGGAAGUUCAUGCUGACACGAAUAGAGUUGAGGACAAACCAGAUGACUUCUUCCUGCAAUUUGAUACUGUUUGUCUGACAGGCUGCUCCAGAGACCUGAUGCUGCGGGUCGACCAGCUUUGUUCUCAGCACAACAUCAAGGUCUUCUGUGGAGAUGUGUAUGGUUACUACGGUUACAUGUUCUGCAACCUUGGAAAGGAGCACAACUACGUAGAGGAGAAACCUAAACUAGUGAAACCAACCAGUGACUCAGGUGACGGUCCAGAGGCAAAGAAAGCCAAAGUUGACCCCAAUGAGACCACCAUGGUUAAAAAGACGUCGACUUUCUGCUCAUUGAAGGACGCUCUGGAGGUCGACUGGACAAGUGAGAAAGCCAAGGCGGGUCUGAAGAAAACACCAGUGGACUACUUUCUGCUUCACGUCAUGCUGAAGUUCCGCACAGACAAAGGUCGAGAUCCAGACCCUCAGUCCUUUGCAGAAGACAGUCAGCUCCUGAGACAGAUCCGUGAUGAUGUCCUGGAGGCCUUGUCUGUCAGCGGUGACCUCCUGAAUGAUGACUUCAUCAGUUACUGCUUCUCUGAGAUGUCACCUGUCUGUGCCGUCAUGGGUGGAGUACUGGGGCAAGAGGUUGUUAAGGCUCUCUCCCAAAGAGAUGCUCCUCAUCGUAACUUCUUCUUCUUCGAUGCUCGUAAAGGCAAUGGAAUCGUCGACUACUUUGGACCAAACUAAACGCCAGCUAAAUCUCGGGACAGUUGAACACCGAUGUUCCCGGUUUUAUUCCUACAUUUUAUUUAUGUCUGUACUUCGUAUCAACUAGUACUAUAAGUACAUGUUCUCAUUUGUCAUUUUCCCCACAUAAUUACACAUUGUUAUAAGCAUACUGGAGUUUCUUUGUUUGUUUCUUUGUUUUUUACAAAUGUCCAAAUAAAACGUUUGUUAA